ACCCCCUUCGCGGCCAAAGUUUGACUCUGCCUCCCUCUCCCCCCCUCUCCUGUCUGUCUGUGAGUGCAGCUGGGCGCGAUGCUGAAGACGGAGCAGCCCUGGAUCUAACGCGCGGCGCCUCGGAAAGCCCUGCAGCAAUUGUUGCCCGGAUCCCAGACUGAACUUUGCUCUUUUUUUAUUUCUUUUUACCUUGUUUUUAAUUUUUUUUUUCCUUUUUAAUUUUUUUUUUUGUUUUGUUAUCUUUUGUUUUUUGUUUUUCCCUCCUGUUAUCGUUAAUUAUCAUUACCAACCCGCUUCCGCCGCGCCCUCCCCUCGCCAAUGCCCGUGUGAGCGCCGGCACCUCGCGGGGGCCAUGGAGGGCUCCACCGGCUUCGGGAUCGACUCCAUCCUCUCCCACCGAGCCGGCAGCCCAGCCGUGCCCAAGGGGGACCCGCUGGUGGGGGACGGGCGGUCCCCGCUGGAGCUGAGCCCCCGCUCGGAGGGCAGCAGCGGGUGCCCCUCGCCCCGCUCCCCGGGCCGCGAGUGCCUGGAGGCGGCGGCGCCGCGGCCGGGCCUGGAUGCGCAUCUCCAGCCGGGACAGGUCUCGGCUCCCUCGCAGUCCCGGACCGUCACCUCCUCCUUCCUCAUCAGAGACAUCCUGGCCGACUGCAAGCCCCUGGCAGCCUGCGCGCCCUACUCCAGCACCAAUGGACCUCACCCGCAGGAGCCGGCGGGCAGGAUCCCCACCAAGCCCGGCGAGGAUUUUAGGGAGAAAAUGGAAAAAAACACCAGCAGCUCCUCCUCGGACUCGGAGUACAAAGUGAAAGAAGAAGGGGACCGAGAGAUCUCCAGCUCCCGGGACAGUCCCCCGGUGCGGCUGAAAAAGCCGCGCAAAGCCCGCACCGCCUUCACCGACCAUCAGCUGGCCCAGCUGGAGCGCAGCUUCGAGAGGCAAAAAUACCUGAGCGUGCAGGACAGGAUGGAGCUGGCCGCCUCCCUCAACCUCACCGACACGCAGGUGAAAACGUGGUACCAGAACAGAAGGACCAAGUGGAAAAGGCAGACGGCGGUGGGCCUGGAGCUGCUGGCCGAGGCUGGCAACUAUUCGGCCCUGCAAAGGAUGUUCCCCUCGCCCUACUUCUACCCGCAGAGUUUGGUCUCCAACCUGGACCCCGGCGCCGCCCUCUACCUGUACCGCGGACCCAGCGCGCCGCCCCCCGCCCUCCAGAGACCCUUGGUGCCCCGCAUCCUCAUCCACGGACUGCAGGGCGGCAGCGAGCCCCCGCCGCCCCUGCCCCCGCUGCCCGGCGUCCUGCCCCGGGCAGCGCAGCCCCGGUGAGCCCCGGGAGCCCGGGCAGCCCCGCCGGGUCGGGGGGCUGGAGGGGGCCACCCCACCCCUCUGGGGCCGCGAGCAAGAGACAGACUGCCGCUCAUCCCCAAAUAUAUAUGUGUAUAUAUAUAUAUAUAAAAUUAUAAAUGAAUCCACCCCCUUCCUUUUUUAAAAUAAUAUAUAAAGAAUGCAAGAAUCAAAGGACAGGCUUGGCGGGACGGAGCGGGCAGAGCUGCCCCUCGCCCCGCGGGGCACUCGCCACCUUCACCCCCUUGUGCCCCCGACGGGCAGCGGGGCCGCUGUGUCCCCUCCUCGGCGUGGGAUGGGGUCGGAUGCUCCGGGGGGGCUUCGCCUCUCCGCCCCCUCCCCAGGAAUGAUCGGGGGAGCCGAGCCACACCUGGGCGGCUCGGGGAGACCCCUCCCCGCUUUCACCGGC